UGCGUCUCUGGAAGAAAUUACAAAACGACGAAUUAAAUGGAAAUGUCGAUCGGUAAUCACGUGAUACCGGUUCAUUUCACGUUUCGUGUGUCAUCGAAUGUUGGACGAGUUGAAAGCUUCGAGGGAGAUUUAUGUUUUUUUCGACUAUAAGUGAAAAACGAAAAUUGCGUUUGAGUUUAGUUUCCAUCAUUCAUUUCAUUUGUUAGAAAUCGCAGUGAAAAAUCGAGUCAAAAGUGUUCUUGGAAAAAUACGGUUCCAAAGAGGAAGAAAUCGUGCUAUCGUUUUAUCUAAUGACAUAAGAAGGCUAUAUAACAUGUUAAGAAACAUGGUUAAAGACUUUAAAAUUUGGCGAAUGAAGUAACAGAAAGGUUUGGUGGAAUUUAAUUAUCUUUUAUGAAACGUUAUUUCAAAAGUAAAUAAAACGUAAAUAAUCGUUGAAACUAUGGCUCUUUUAUCGAAUCACCACGAAUACCCAAUUUCUUCUGAAAUUGUAACGACCGCCUAUCAGGCCGCGACCAAAAGUUACGACACUUUGUAUCCCUCGCCGUACAACUCCCCGAAUUACGAUCCCAUUAAGGUAUCGUACGGAGAGAAUUACACGCAUAAAGGUGAGCUCACUCCGCGAAAAGACUCUGAAACGAUUAGUUAUGGAAAAGAGGUAGUGAAAUAUUCGAGAACACCAGAUUCGUACGAAAGAAGCUCCUUUAGCGUUUUGACACCUGUCACACCUCAAAGGUAUGAACCACAACACGCGAUAAAUCAAACCGUUUCUCCAAGAACGAUGCUACACGAAGACAAUUCCAUGGAGUAUCAGCCAUCAGCCUAUUGUUACGAAACACCACCUCAAGAACAAAAGUUUCAAAUCCUCGAGAGCGGGAAACCGAUGCAAAUGGCUGUCGAGCAACGAAAUAAUUCUUGGGAACCUGUUACAUCUGUGCAGAAACAAGUAUCACCUACCAAUAGUCCCCGAAGAGGAAGACGACGAUCCAGGGAUAUACCGCCAUCGCCAAGUGUAUUAAAACGUCGACGUUUGGCAGCGAACGCACGCGAAAGACGUCGAAUGAACGGUCUGAACGAUGCUUUCGAUAAAUUGCGCGAAGUUGUACCGAGUCUUGGAGCAGACCACAAACUUAGUAAAUUCGAGACAUUGCAGAUGGCGCAAACUUACAUCGCGGCGUUGUGCGAUCUUCUUCAGGAACACGAUGGAAAGUGGCAGUGAAUCAAUGUAAGUUUAUUUAUUUAGAUUAUACAUUGUGAAAUUAAAAAAUACAAUUGAAUUC